AAAAGACCCCCCCCCUCACCCCCCCUCUUCACCUGAGCGAUGCCGGCGUUGCUUCUUCCUCUUCAUCUUCAUCUUCAUCACAAGAACAUUCAGCACCUGAGCGGAGGACGGCAGCUCUUCUUCUUCAUCAUCAUCAUCAUCAUCACCAACUCCUCACCUUCUCCUCAAUGGCAGCACUUUCACUUUCACUUUCGGCCUGACAAGUCUGGAACAAGUACCUCCGCCAAGCCUCAACAUGUACCAGGGCCACGUACAGGGCAAAGACGCUAGGGCUGCAGAUAAGACUGUUGCCAUGGUCCUGAAGGAGAUACCCAGUAAGGCGUCGUCAGAAGGGAAACCCCUCCUCACGGUGACUACCAAGCUGGUAGGUGAGCAACAAGAGAGCCGCCCUCUUCUGAGUCCAUCCAUCGACGAUUUCCUGUGCGAGACCAAAUGUGAGGAGCUUUCCCGCCCUGUGACAUCCAACACAGCAGUUCUGUCGUCAACGUUGGACCUGCUGGACCUGAGCGAGCCGAGCGAGCGGAGGAACAAGGACAGGAAGAGUCCUCUUUCAUCGCGGAGCGACAAGCCCAGCAGCCCUCACAGGAAGAAGACCGCCGACACGGAGCUGAUCCACGUGGAGGUGGAGCAGAGCAAGCGGACGCCGGAGAGGGCGCCGCUCGACUCGGUAAUGGUGAGUUCACAGCUGGAUAAAUGGGAAGAACUGAACACCAACCCUGAGAGGACUGGAAGCAGGAAGUGGAAGUUGGAGAGACGGCGGUCGUCGAAGAACUCUUCCAGUGAACUUCUGUGGUCCAUGGACUGUAAAAGCCAGUCGGAGGCGCAGAACAAGAACUGCAUGGAAGCAAACACCAAAGCGGAGCCCGAGUCCACGCUCUCCUCUCAACUCAACAGGCAGUAUAUUAGUGGAAGACAUGCUCGUCUCACCAAGGACCAGCGGUGGGGCAGUGCCCUCCUGUCCAGACACCAGUCCCUGGAGGAGGAGUUUGAGAGAGCCAAGGCUGCUGUGGAGUCCGACACCGAGUUCUGGGACAAGAUGCAAGCCGAGUGGGAAGAACUGGCUCGCCGGAACUGGCUGACGGAGAACGAAGAAGGACAGAUUCCCUCCACGGUCUCGCCCCACGAGAAGGGCUACUACUUCCACACGGACAAUCCCUACAAGGACCUGGCCAACGCCUUCGAGGAGGGACAGAAGAAGUCUCGGGAGGGGGACUUGCCAAACGCCGUGCUUCUGCUGGAAGCGGCCGUCUUGCAGGACCCUCACGAUUCAGAGGCUUGGCAAGUGCUGGGCACCACCCAGGCGGAAAACGAAAACGAGCAGGCAGCCAUCGUCUCCCUGCAGAGGUGUCUGGAGCUCCACCCCAACAACCUGGCGGCCCUCAUGGCGUUGGCGGUAAGCCUGACCAACACGGGGAUGCGCCUGGACGCGUGCGAGGCUCUGCUGCGCUGGCUGCGACACAACCCCAAGUACAAGCAGCUGCUGAAGAACAAGAAGCACCUGGCGGCCUCGCCCAAGUCCCAGCGCAGGAUGUCCCAGGUGCCCAACAUGGCCAGACACGACAGCUCCGUGCUCCCUGACGUCAAGGAGCUCUUCCUGGAAGCGGCCCGGCACAACUCGGAGGGCGUGGACCCGGACUUACAGACGGGCCUGGGCGUGCUCUACAACCUCAGUGGCGAGUUCAACAAAGCUGUGGACGCCUUCAACACGGCGCUGGCGGCGAGGCCCGAGGAUUACUUGCUGUGGAACCGACUGGGGGCCACGCUGGCAAACGGGGACCGCAGCCAGGAGGCGGUGGAGGCGUACACCCGGGCCCUGGAGCUGCAGCCGGGCUUCAUCCGCUCUCGCUACAACCUGGGCAUCAGCUGCAUCAACCUGGGCUCGCACAGAGAGGCGGCCAGCAACUUCCUGACCGCCCUGAGCCUCCAGCGUAAAAGUGGCAGCCGCCAGCAGUCCCACCAGGUCAUGUCUGGCAACAUCUGGGCCGCUCUCAGGAUCGCGCUGUCCAUGAUGGACCAACCAGAACUCUUCCAGGCCGCCAACAUCGGCGACCUGGACCUUCUCAUGCGAGCCUUUCAUUUGGACAUUUGAGGAAGGGCUCAAGUCAUGACGUCCGCAAACUCCCUUUUUCCUCCGGUCCUGGGCCAGAAGGCUCAGAACCCAAAGUGGACUCAGGAGUCCGUUUUGUUUUUGAAAUGCACGUCUAUUUUUUCACCCCGGUUACCUUGGAGCAGCUGCGGUCUUCCAAGUGCUUGAACUGACCGAUUUGUGAGGAACCGGAAGAGCACAAAGACGGGCGAAGAUUGUACGAGCGAUGCCUUAGAGAACCGAAUCUCUUGGUUGCACAAAAAGAUCAGGUUUUUCUUGGGGGGAAAACAGAAACCCGGAUGGAUUCUGAGAGAAAACCCAAGUUCUCUGGACCCUCCCUCCUGCAUGGCUUUUGAAAAACUUCCCCUUUUGUACUGGAGACAAACCGAGAACCCGCACCCAAGUGGGGUGUGCAAGCCUUACCGAGACCUAUUUCUACGGUUUGUAGGGCAUCGCAAAAACUGUAAGGGACUACUUUCGCUUUCUUCCAUCCGGUCCACAGUACCGGGGGCCGGCCAGUGGGGCUGGCCCAGGUUUACAGUAAGGAAGGGAUUCAGAAGAUCUCCCAGGAAAUGACUACGAAACCUAAAGUCCCACAAAACAGACCAUCCUCCCCCUUAAGGACUCCAAAUAAGUACCCCAAAACAGACUUACCCCUAAAAGGGUUCUUUCGGGCAAACUAAUUUAUCACUGGGUUCUUUUGGGACCUUUCCGGAUCCCUCCAUGACCUAAAAGGGUCCGAUUCGGACCUUGUCGAUUCUUACAAAAAGUAGAACACUCAGGCUUCAAACAUCCAAGGUUGGUUCAGCUCGGGUCUUUACGGUCUGGAAUGGCAAACCUUCAUCUUGGUCAUCGUCCAACAAUCUACUCCUUCUAGCUCGAUUCUUAACGUCAUUAAUUACAAUCCCCAACAAGAUCUCCUCAAAGGACAACGCCAGAGAAAUGUUUAGCGGUGUAGAUUUAGGCUAAUUACUGCUGCUAGCCUGACAUCGUAGUUUACUAGCUGUAGCUGCUGGUUAGCUAGCUCGUAUGACGAACGAUUUAAAAUUAAAAUAAAUAACAUUGUAAAGAUGACUAAUGUAAAUUCUAACAGUAGAUUAGCCGUCUAAUCAUUCAUAAAAUGUAGAAAAUUGUAGGGAACUCCGUUUGAUGCUAGCCUGACAUCGUAGUUUACUAGCUAUAGCUGCUCGUUAGCUAGUUCUUAUGACGAACGAUUUAGAUUAAAAAUUAAAAACAUUCUACAGAUGACUAAUAUAAAUUCUGACAGUAGAUUAGCCGUCUAAUCAUUCAUAAAAUGUAGCAAAUUGUAGGGAAGUCCGUUUGCUGCUAGCCUGACAUCGUAGUUUACUAGCUGUAGCUGCUCGUUAGCUAGCUCGUAUGACGAACGAUUUAAAAUACAAAUAAAUAACAUUGUAAAGAUGUAAAUAGUAAAUUGUAGGGAAGUUAGUUUGAUGCUAGUCCAACAUCGUAGUUUACUAGCUAUAGCCGCAUUAGCUAGUUUGUAUGACGAGCUAUUUAAAAAAAACAAAAAACAUUCUAAACAUGACUAAUGUAAAUUCUGACAGUAGAUUAGCCGUCUAAUCAUUCAUAAAAUGUAGUAAAUUGUAGGGAAGUCCGUUUGCUGCUAGCCUGACAUUGUAGUUUACUAGCUGUAGCUGCUGGUUAGCUAGCUCGUAUGACGAACGAUUUAAAAUUAAAAACAUUCUAGAGAUGACUAAUGUAAAUUCUGACAGUAGAUUAGCCGUCUAAUCAUUCAUAAAAUUUAGUAAAUUGUAGGGAAGUCCGUUUGCUGCUAGUCUGACAUCGCAGUUUACUAGCUAUAGCCACGCAUUAGCUAACUAGUAUGACAAAUUAUUUUAAGAUAAAAAGGUAACAAUCGUAACAUGGCUAAUGUAAAUUCUGACAGUAGAUUAGCCGUCUAAUCAUUCAUAAAAUGUAGUAAAUUGUAGGGAAGUCCGUUUGCUGCUAGCCUGACAUCGUAGUUUACUAGCUGUAGCUGCUGGUUAGCUAGCUCGUAUGACGAACGAUUUAAAAUUAAAAUUGAAAACAUUGUAGAGAUGACUAAUGUAAAUUCUGACACUACAUUAGCCGUCUAAUCAUUCAUAAAAUGUAGUAAAUUGUAGGGAAGUCCGUUUUCUGCUAGCCUGACAUCGUAGUUUACUAGCUGUAGCUGCUUGUUAGCUAGCUCGUAUGACGAACGAUUUAAAAUAAAAAUAAAAAACAUUCUAGAGAUGACUAAUGUAAAUUCUGACAGUAGAUUAGCCGUCUAAUCAUUCAUGAAAUGUAAUAAAUUGUAGAGAAGUCCGUUUGCUGCUAGCCUGACAUCGUAGUUUACUAUCUAUAGCCGCGCAUUAGCCAACUAGUAUGACGAAUGAUUUUAAAAUAAAAAGGUAACAAUCGUAACAUGGCUAAUGUAUAUUCUGACAGUGGAUUUAAUGUCUAAUAAUUUUCAUGAAAUGUAGUAAAUUGUAGGGACGUUUGAUUGCUAGUCUGACAUGGUAGUUUACUAGCUAUAGCCGCGCAUUAGCUAGCUUGUAUGAAGAACGAUUUUAAAAUUAAAAAAAGUAACAAUCGUAACAUGGCUAAUGUAAAUUCUGACUGUUGAUUUGAUGUCUAAUCAUUCAUAAAAUGUAGUAAAUUGUAGGGAAGUUUGCUGCUAGCCUGACAUCGUAGUUUACUAGCUAUAGAUGUGCAUGAGCUAACUCGUAUGACGAGCGAUUUUAAAAUAAAUAUAAAAAAUAGCAUUUGAAACAUGGCUAAUGUAAAUUCUGACAGUGGAUUUAAUGUCUAAUAAUUUUCAUGAAAUGUAGUAAAUUGUAGGGACAUUUGAUUGCUAGUCUGACAUAGUAGUUUACUAGCUAUAGCCGCGCAUAAGCUAGCUUGUAUGACGAACGAUUUUAAAAUUUAAAAAUUAAAAAUCGUAACAUGGCUAAUGUAAAAUCUGACAGUGGAUUUAAUGUCUAAUCAUUCAUAAAAUGUAGUAAAUUGUAAGGAAGUUUGCUGCUAGUCUGAAAUGGUAGUUUCAUUAGCUAGCUUGUAUGACGAGCGAUUUUAAAAUAAAAAAUAACAUUCUAAACAUGACGAAUGUAAAUUCUGACAGUAGAUUAGCCGUCUAAUCAUUCAUAAUAUGUAGCAAAUUUGUAGGGAAGUCAGUUUGCUCUUAGUCUGACAUGGUAGUUUACUAGCUGUAGCCGCUCAUUAGCUAACUGGUAUGACGAGCAAAUGUAAAAUAAAAGAUUGUAAACAUGACGAAUGUAAGUUCUGAAUAAGAUGAACUGUCUAAUAAUGAAAUAAAUGUAGCAAAGUCAGUUUGCUGCUAGUCUGACACCGUAGUUUACCAGCUAAAGCUAAGUUAGCCUGCUCGCAUGAUUUGGAAAUAAAAUGCUUUCUGGCUAUGUUUCCAUGGCAACAGGACCAAGAGAAUUGCGUCCUGCCCACAGUCAAGGUGCGGCCGCUUCACGUGACGAGUAAACACCACUCAAGAUGUUGUCCUUUGAGGGGAGAAAUGUUUGCUGAAACUGAAAUGUGACGAUGAAGAAGACGACGUCGUGCCCUUCCUAAGAUGGCCGCCAUUCUUCUCUUCCGCUGAGCUCGGCACUUUGCAGCCCUGCUGGUCUGUCUCUGCUCCUGACGCACGUUUAUGUUCGCGGACCUUUACCAAGAAAAUGUUCUGCUGAGGAAGAAAGCUAUCCCACAGCCUGAUUGCAGAUCUUCAUCUGGCAGACUGGACCAGGACCAGGACCAGGACCAGGACCACAAACACCACAGUUCUGAAGACGCACGCAAGCACAAACCAUCAAGUGUCGCCGGCGUAGCGUCUUAGCUAGCUAGCAUCUUAGCUAGCGUGUUAGGGUAACAUCGCUGGCUUCGUUAGCAAACGCAUGAGAUUUAGUUGCUGUACUUGACGCUCAUGUCGACAACCGCUGGUGUUGACAACCGCCUACGUCGGCAGCCUAGUCAAGGGAAAUUAAACUAAUCAAGUUUGGUCGGUUGGUUAUGUCGACAACCGCCUAUGUUGACGAUUGAGUAUGUCAGCAAACGUUCAUGUCGACAACCGCCUACGUCGACUAUUGAGUGUGUCAGAAAACGUGUAUGCCGUUAUCAACUUCUGUCGACAACCACUUAUGUUGACAAUUGGGUAGUUCAACAAACGCUUAUGUCGACAACCGCUUAUGUCGUCAACCACCUACGACAGAAACCGCUUACAUCGACAAUUGGGUAUGUCAGAAAAUGCUCAUGUCGACAACCGCUGGUGUUGACAACCGCUUACGUCGGCAGCCUACUCGAGGAAAAUGAAACUAAUCAAGUUUGGUCGGUCGGUUAUGUCGACAACCGCUUAUGUUGACGAUUGAGUAUGUCAGCAAACGUUCACGUCGACAACCGCCUACGUCGACUAUUGAGUAUGUCAGAAAACGCGUAUGCCGUUAUCAACUUAUGUCGACAACCGCUAAUGUUGACAAUUGGGUAGUUCAACAAACGCUUAUGUUGACAACCGUUUAUGUCGUCAACCACCUACGACAGAAGCCGCUUACAUCGACAAUUGAGUGUGUCAGAAAACACUUAUGCCAACAACCACUUAUGUCGACAACCACCUACAACAGAAACCGCUUACAUCGACAAUUGAGUGUGUCAGAAAACAGUUAUGCCAUCAACCGCUUAUGUUGACAACCCCUUAUGUCAUAAACAUAAGUGGCUGUCAACAACCGCAAAAGUUGACAACCGCUUAUGUUAACAGCUUAUGCUAACAACCAGUUACGUCGACAAUUGCUUAAGUUAACUGCUUUUGUCGACAUAAGUGGCUGCCAACAACCGCAGGUGUCCAAUAAUGCAAAAGUCGACAACCGCUUAUGUUAACCGCUUACGCUAACAACCAGUUAACAUCGACAACUGCUUAUGUUAACUGCUUUUGUCGACAUUAGUAGCUGCCAACAACUGCAGAUGUCAAAAAACGCAAAAGUCGACAACCGCUUAUGUUAACAUCUUAUGCUAACAACCAGUUAACAUCGACAACUGCUUACUUUAACUGCUUUUGUCGACAUAAGUGGCUGUCAACAACCGCGGAUGUCAAAAAACGCAAAAGUUGACAACCGCUUAUGUUAACAGCUUAUGCUAACAACCAGUUACGUCAAUAAUUGCUUAAGUUAACUGCUUUUGUCGACAUAAGUGGCUGCCAACAACCGCAGGUGUCAAAAAAUGCAAAAGUCGACAACCGCUUAUAUUAACAGCUUACGCUAACAACCAGUUAACAUCGACAACUGCUUACGUUAACUGCUUUUGUCGACAUAAGUGGCUGUCAACAACCGCGGAUGUCAAAAAACGCAAAAGUCGACAACCGCUUAUGUUAACACCUUAUGCUAACAACCAGUUACGUCGACAACCGCUUAGGUUGACGAUUGAGUAUGUCAGCAAACGUUCACGUCGACAACCGCCUACGUCGACUAUUGAGUAUGUCAGAAAACGCGUAUGCCGUUAUCAACUUAUGUCGACAACCGCUUAUGUUGACAAUUGGGUAGUUCAACAAACGCUUAUGUUGACAACCGCUUAUGUCGUCAACCACCUACGACAGAAGCCGCUUACAUCGACAAUUGAGUGUGUCAGAAAACACUUAUGCCAACAACCACUUAUGUCGACAACCGCUUAUGUUGACAACCCCUUAUGUCAUAAACAUAAGUGGCUGUCAACAACCGCAAAAGUUGACAAACGCUUAUGUUAACAGCUCAUGCUAACAACCAGUUACGUCGAUAAUUGCUUAAGUUAACUGCUUUUGUCGACAUAAGUGGCUGCCAACAACCGCAGGUGUCCAAAAAUGCAAAAGUCGACAACCGCUUAUGUUAACCGCUUACGCUAACAACCAGUUAACAUCGACAACUGCUUUUGUCGACAUUAGUAGCUGCCAACAACCGCAGAUGUCAAAAAACGCAAAAGUCGACAACCGCUUAUGUUAACAGCUUACGCUAACAACCAGUUAACAUCGACAACUGCUUUUGUCGACAUUAGUAGCUGCCAACAACCGCUUAUGUUGACAGCCCCUUAUGUCAUAAACAUAAGUGGCUGUCAACAACCGCAAAAGUUGACAAACGCUUAUGUUAACAGCUUAUGCUAACAACCAGUUACGUCGAUAAUUGCUUAAGUUAACUGCUUUUGUCGACAUAAGUGGCUGCCAACAACCGCAGGUGUCCAAAAAUGCAAAAGUCGACAACCGCUUAUGUUAACCGCUUACGCUAACAACCAGUUAACAUCGACAACUGCUUUUGUCGACAUUAGUAGCUGCCAACAACCGCAGAUGUCAAAAAACGCAGAAGUCGACAACCGCUUAUGUUAACAUCUUAUGCUAACAACCAGUUAACAUCGACAACUGCUUAUGUUAACUGCUUUUGUCGACAUAAGUGGCUGUCAACAACCGCGGAUGUCAAAAAACGCAAAAGCCGACAACCGCUUAUGUUAACACCUUAUGCUAACAACCAGUUACGUCGACAACCGCUUAGGUUAACAUCUUACGCUAAAAAACAGUUAACAUCGACAACUGCUUACGUUAACUGCUUUUGUCGACAUAAGUGGCUGCCGACCAACCGCAGAUGCGGACAACUGCUUGUGAUGACAAUCGCCUGUGUCGUCAACCUCUCAAGUCGACAACCCCUUAUGUCGACAGUUGCUUGUGUUGACAUGCCUCAGCCAGUCUGAGGGUUCAUCGUAUGACUCCCAGCCAACGAGAUGCUCUUGAAGGGGGGAAAAAAAAAACGUUUUAAGCGACAAAUUUCAUGUUUUGCUCUUCUCACCGAGCAGCAGGGUUAAAAAGCUGCCUAACAAUAUUACUGAUGCGUGCACCAUCACCUCAGACUGUUGGCACGCUGGGGUCGUGCAAGAGGGUUCGCAUGAUGCUCCUGUGUCAUAAAUGCUGAUGUUGCAACUUCUUCUUCUUCUUCUUCUAAUUCCAUCUCCAGCGGGCGUUAAACUCUCCAGAUGUUUUCUUUUCCUCCAGAAUGUUGUUGUUGUUGUUGGAAUGAAGAAGUUGUGUUUAGACCUGCUGGAGACUCUCAGGUGAUCCCAGGUCACAUGCAUGCGAGCUCCGUGACCUCCUUCCAUCCACGCAUGACAAGUGGGAUGUUUCUUUGCUUUAGGAAAACAUAUUUAGUCAUAAAUGACAACAGUGUAAAUAAAGUUGGUAAGGCAGAUAUCACUAAAAGAUGCACAUUUAGACAUGUUUAUAUCCACAAUCCUCUUUUCAUCCAUCCAUACAUUCAUUUGCAUAAUCCUACUUUAUGAACAUGUCACGCAGAAUCUCUGUGAGGGCAAUCAGCUGUUAUGAAGUACGAGCACAACAUUCAAAUAAUAGCAGAACUAAAAUAUAAUUCCGCAGAGUUCCGACUAAGCGGGUCAGAAGCUUGUUUGGGUGUUAUUUGUGUCGGGACCAACGGAAUUCACUCCAAUAAAAAUGAGAGUUAUGAUAGCUUGUGACGUUCAAGGCUACCUGGAAAUUACAAAUACUUAAAAAAAUAAAAAUAAAAACAAUUAUAAAUAUUGCUUUGAAAAAAGUUGGCAUUUGGUUAAAAAAAAAAAAAGAAAAAAAAAAGUGGGAAUAUUACAGGAAUAAAGUUGUAAUUUUUUUUGACAAGAACGACAAAAAUUAUUCAUAUUAAUAUUUGUGUUUCAUGUUCACAACAUUGUUUUUGCAUCAAACAAUAUUUUAUUCUGUUAAUAAUACAACUUUUACCAGUUAAUAUUUCCACUUUUUAGUGUCACAUCUCAUUUGUAAGAACCUUCUUUUAUCUAAAUGUGGCUGUAAUAGUCCAAAUCAUGUCUUUAAUUAUUAUAUUUAUUCAUAUUUAUUAAAACAUUUUAAUUUAUUAUAUAUUUAUUCAACCAUAUUUAUUGUGCUAUUAUUGCUCUUAACAAAGACCCAACACAAAUAAACGAUUAUUCAC